CCCAAACGCCAGGCGGAUUCUUCCCCUCUCCAUCCACUUGGUUGGGCAUCUUGGCCACUGCAGGGCGCAGAGUCUGUUGCAGGGGGUCCCUCUUUGCCCGCGCCUCCUCCCAAUUGGGGGGCCGCUGAGAGCCAGAGAAGGAGCGUGUCCCCAUCCUCUCCCUUUGGGCUCCCUGUUUCCGUGCACAGCGAGCCCCCCCAAACGUGUAUCCAUCCCGCAAGAGCGCAAGAGAUGCGCUCCGCCGCCUCCUCCUCCUCCACCACCACUGCCUCCGCCUCCUGAAUGCAAAGUUUCUUCUUCUCCGCGCCUGGAAGGAUUGCGACUUUUCUGCCUUUCCUUUCCUGUGUCGGAGGCAGCGCCGUGGGGCAGUGAAGGCUGGUCUCCCUCCUCCAGGAUUGCAUGGCAGGCUGAGGCGCAAGGAAAGCGGUUUUUUCUCCAGUGGGGAUGCUCUUCCUUCUUCUCCUCUUCUUCCUCCGCGCCCCCCGCUUGGCGCAUCCCUUUGGAUCCUGGUAGAAGUGACGCCUCCUCCCCAAUCCUCUCCCUCAUCCUCUCUGGAUGAAGGCACGGGGAAGAAGAAGAAGAAGAAGUCAGCAAGAGAAGGGUCCUUCCUCUCCAGAAAUCCGCUUUCUUUCUACCUUGAGCUUCCCUCUCACUUUUUACCUGCUCUGGUUGAGAUGAGCCACCUUUCCGCUUGAGGGAAUUUGGUACCCAACAUUUGGAGAGGAGCAAAGAAGAGAGAAAGAAAGAAAGAAGGUUGUUUUCCUUGUUCGUUGCGGGUGUUUUCUUCCCUCCCCCGCACGAGUGGGCAUCUAGACCAUUUUUCGAGUUGUUGUGAUUGCAGGAAUUGGCUGAAGAGGACCUUGGAUGGAAGAGGAAGCAGGGGCGGAGGAGCCCAAGACAUAGGAGGGGAGCUCCUUCCUUCCUUCCUUCUCUUUCUCUCCCCUCUUUGCUUCACAAACCGGGGUCCCUCUGUGGCAGGGAAGAUGGGCUCCUCGAGGUCCAGCAGCUUGGCAAGGGAAGCCACUUGCCCCUGGGGAUUUAAGGAGGGAAAAGAAGGAUGAAGGUGUCUUUUACUGAAGGGCAUCCCUGGUAGGUUUAGAUUUGCAAGGUCUGGAGAAUCUUGAUCCAGAGUUGCAGAAGAAGGGAGAUCGGGACAAGUUGGGAAGAGACUUUCCUCCUGACCACAUGCACCUCAGAAGAGGAAUGGGUUCAGUUCCUGAUGCGAGACUGGGAGUUUGGGCUGAGUGAAAGCCCAUGCCCAUGCCCUUCUUCUCCUCUGCCCCUCUGCCACACUGAGCCAUCCCAUGUCCCACCCCAUGGAGACCGGACCUUGUUGAAAAAGAAUGACUUUCUCUGACCGGAUUAAUGCCAGCUUGAAUGGGAACCACUCGGGAGAGGCUGGGGGUAUUAAUGGGACCGGCGGAGAGGAAGAUGUCCAGGCCAACAACGGCACCUCCUUGGCUCUGAAGCUGACCCUCCAGUCGGUGAGUGUAGGGGUCUUUCUGGCCCUCUUCAUCCUCUCGGCCAUCGUGGGCAACAUUCUGGUCAUCCUCUCCGUGGCCUGCAACCGUCACUUGCAGACGGUCACCAACUACUUCAUCAUCAACUUGGCCAUCGCCGACUUGCUCCUCAGCACCACCGUCCUGCCUUUCUCAGCCACCUUGGAAGUUCUGGAGGACCUCUGGGUCUUCGGGCGCAUCUUCUGCGACAUCUGGGCAGCGGUGGACGUCUUGUGCUGCACGGCCUCCAUCAUGAGCCUCUGCAUCAUCUCCGUGGAUCGGUACAUCGGGGUCAAGUACUCUCUGAAAUACCCCACCAUUAUGACUGAGAAGAAGGCGGUGAUCAUCAUGGUGGCCGUCUGGAUCUCCUCCAUGGUCAUCUCCAUCGGUCCCCUUCUGGGAUGGAAGGAGGCACCUCCUGAGAACGACCAGCACUGCAACAUCACGGAAGAGCCAGGGUAUGCCAUCUUUUCCUCCCUCUUCUCCUUCUAUUUGCCCCUGGCCGUCAUCCUGGUGAUGUACUUCAACAUCUAUGUGGUGGCACGGAGGACCACCAAGAGCUUGGAGGCCGGGGUCAAAAAAGAGAGGAGCAAAUCCAUGGAGGUGGUGCUCCGGAUCCACUGCCGCAGCGUUGUGGAGGACUCCCAGGCCAGCACCAAGAACAAGGGACACACUUUCCGGAGUUCCCUCUCCGUGCGACUCUUGAAGUUCUCCCGGGAGAAGAAGGCCGCCAAAACCCUCGCAAUCGUGGUCGGAGUCUUCAUUCUCUGCUGGCUGCCUUUCUUUUUCGUACUGUCUUUUGGUUCCUAUUUCCCUUCCAUAAAGCCCGAAGGAAUGUCUUUCAAGAUCAUCUUCUGGCUGGGAUACUUCAACAGCUGCGUAAACCCUAUCAUCUACCCUUGUUCGAGCAAAGAGUUCAAAAGAGCCUUCAUUCGCCUCCUGAAGUGUCAGUGUCGCCGGAGGAGAAGACCCAUCUGGAGGGUCUACGACAACCAUUGGCGAGGUGCCUCCGUCAAUGGCUCCGGCCAAGAUUCAGAGAGGGAUUUGCAGUCGAGAGUUUCGACCAUCAACGGGUCGUUCAUAUUGAACUCCAGCAGCUUGGAGAGCUCGAGCAAAAGGAGAACUCUGAACUUCAAGCGGUGGAGGAUGUUCUCCCCUUUCCAAAAGCCGACAACGCAGCUGAAAGAAAAAAUGAACAGCCUCUCAAACAAGAUCCGGGGAGGGUCUGUCAAAGGCGGCGUGUCAGCCUCCUACAAGACCGAGGUGGAGUCAGUCUCCAUAGGGAUCCCAAACGAGUUCAUGGAGUGCAUUGACUAUCAAGUCUAUGACGACUUAACAGACUCUGAGUCCUCUGGGCUGAAAGAAACAGAUAUUUAACAUUAGCAGGGAUAAACUUUAGGACCCCCCCUUGGGGUUUCAUUUUGUUGUGUCUGUGUCUUAACAUGCGGGUCAGCUGUCAGAGGUGGAUGGGGUCCAUACCUGAGACAGGUAGGCUGGAGGAGCCCCAAAGCUCACUUGAGAGAGCUCAGGCUUGGCCUACAGAAGGUUGAAGGCCAACAUCACCAACAUCUCCAGUUUAACAAAGGGUCUUGGCCUAGUGAUGCUGAGUAGAAAAUCCCCUUUGCUAAGACCUCCAAAAACUACUUGAUAUCAAUGUCAACCAUACUGAGCUGGAAAGAUCCAUGGUCCAACUCAAUAUGGAGCAUUGUCCUCUGAGCUUUGGGGAGCAUGAUAUAGCACUUUGUAUAUGGCCAGGUACCUCAUGGAGGACAAAGUGCUAUUGGCCAUGAAACAGGCAAGAAUUCUAUGAAUUCUGGGGUUGGUCAAUGUGUAUGUCGAAGAGGUGGACCAAUGUAUACUACAAAGCAAUGAGAAAGGUAUCAUUCCUUCGUGGUUUGGAUAAGGGUGAAGUCUUGGUAUCCAGGCAAAAGUUCCCAUUUUUAUUUUCAACAGGAACAUCUGGUCCCUCAAAAAAAUGGCAAUGAUGUGUUGAGAUAUCCAUCAAUAAAUGAUGCAAA